GCUUCUCCGCACCCUCUAGCCGCGCGGAAGACUCCACUAUACCCCGCCUUCGCCCGGCUUCCGGCCGGUCUUGAUUCCGCUUCCUGUCCGACGCUGGCGUCUUUGCUGAGGGUCACAUUGAGCUGCCGGCUGCUUCGGGGUGUUUUUAGGAGUCAGCACAAUGGCAGAAGACAUCAAGACCAAAAUUAAGAACUACCAGACUGCCCCUUUUGACAGCCGCUUCCCCAACCAGAACCAGACCAGGAACUGCUGGCAGAACUACCUGGAUUUCCACCGCUGUGAGAAGGCAAUGACUGCUAAAGGGGGUGAUGUCUCCAUGUGCGAAUGGUACCGGCGGGUGUACAAGUCCCUCUGCCCUUUAUCCUGGGUGUCCGCCUGGGAUGACCGCCGGGCAGAGGGCACGUUCCCUGGGAAGAUCUGAACUGGCCCCGCCCCACCUCUCUGCUCUCUUCCUUCUCCCAGGGCGGUGAAAGGGGACCUGGACACAUGGCGACCCCCCCUGGGAUCCUGAAUCAUAGCUUAACUAAUAAUAAAUACUCAUUGGAAAAGUAUAA